AUGACUGAAUUCAGAUGUCCCAUAUGUAAUGAACAAAUGAUAAAUCUAUCACAAUUAAAUCAACAUAUUGAUGAUAUUCACAAUCAAAAUCAAAAUGCAACUACAAAUUCAAAUUCACAUGAUAAUUCAAAUGCAAAUACAACAAAAAUAAAUGAUACUAGCAAUAACAAUAAUAUAGGGGCCAAGUCAUCAACAGUAUCCACUACCAAGAGCCGAACGACGCCUACUAAAAAAAUCAAUAAAAUAGCAUUUACAGAACAAGGUUUUAGUAUAGGAGAUAUAAAUAGUAGAGAUUCAAGUCCAGAACCUAAUUCAACAUUAUCAUCGACCAACUCAAAUUCAUCAAACUUAAAUAACAAUAACAGCAAUGAAAUCACUAGAAAACAUUGGAAACAUGCCCAACUGCAAUCACAAUUAAAAUGUAAAAUAUGUUCAAUAAAAUUAAAUGUUAAAAAUGGUAUAGUUAAUUGUAGGAAAUGUGGGGAUUUAUAUUGUAAUGAGCAUACACAUUAUCAAAUCAAAUUAAGAAAUCCCAAUCCUGAUGAUCCAAAAGAAAAAGGACCACAAGAUGAUUCUUCAUCAAAUGGGAAAUGGAGUAGAUGUUGUGAACUAUGUUAUAGAGAGAGAAUGAAGACAGAAGUUAACAUGAUUGACUUAACUAAAGAAUUUAAACUGAAGAGACAAGUACAAAUUGACUCAAAUCAAUUAUACAGAACCAAAAUUCAGAGAAACUUCAUCAAAUUAAUCAACUUAAUGGUGGACAAGAAACUUUCAAAACAACAAACAAAACAAAAUUCAUCAAUCUCACAAACAACUUCAAAUUUCUUAUCAAUGUUCAAUAUAGAUAACGACGAGAAAGAAUUAGUAGGAAAUAAUUGGAGAAAUGAUUCAACAAUAACUAACUGCACGAUAUGUUUCACAAAAUUUAAUUUCAUUAUUAGAAAACAUCAUUGUAGAUUAUGUGGCAAUAUUGUAUGUGAUGAUAGUUAUGGAGUUCGUAAACACUGUUCAAUUUAUGUUCCUGUAUUAGCAUUUAUGGAAAAAUUGCCUAAUUUAAAUUAUUCACAAAAAGUUAAAGAACUGUGGUCAGAGAUUGAUGAUGAAUUGAGAUUUAGAUGUUGUGUUAAUUGUAAGAAUGCUAUUUUGUUUGAUUGGAAGAAAACUCAUGGAGCUCACACCGCCAACAGUGAAGAAGUUGGAGAAGAUUUAUCAGUUUUUACAAUGUAUGAAGGCUUGUUUUUACAAAAGCAACAAAUUAUGAAAUUAAUGCACAAAUAUGAAAACGGAACUAUAAAAGUAGAUAAAUUAAAAGAUAUAAACAACAGGCAACAAGAAGAUAAUUUAAAAACGGGUCACAAAUUAAUGCUACACCUAAAGGAAUUUGAGAAUUCAUUAUUACAAUUCAAAAAUAAAUUUUUUUACAAGAAAGAUAAUAGAAUAAUAGUACGUGAUGAGUUCCAACUCAGGUAUAACAAGAUAUUAAUGAAUAUUUAUCAAAGUGUUGCAACUUUUUUACAAGAGAAUAUAAUCAAGUACAGAGAAAUUAAUGAUUUACAAAAUGCUUUAAUACAACAAACCUUAGAAUCAUCAUCAAACAAAGAUUCUCAAGAUAUUUCAAAGGAUUCAAGUCCUGUGCCAAGAUUAACCAAGAAACAAAUUAGAGAAUUGAGAGAACAAUUGAUGGUACUUAAUGAACAAAAAUUUUUAGUUGAAAAAACAAUUGAUGAAUUUACGAAAAAUAGGAAAUUUGAUGAGCUAAAUUCACUUAUUGAUAAUAAGAAUGAAAUUGUUGAUACUAUCAAAAAUCUAGAAAUGGAAUUAGGAGAAUUUGGAUUUUGA